AUGAGCACGCCUAUCCCUGUUGUCUGCUAUAAUCUCUCAAAUUCGUCUUGCGCUUUUGUUUGUGUCGUUCCGAUCAUGGCUGGAAACGCAUUAAAACGGCUUAUGGCCGAAUAUAAACAAUUGACGGUUAACCCACCGGAGGGAAUCGUCGCUGGUCCGGUUGAUGAGAAAAACUUUUUCGAAUGGGAGGCUCUGAUUGCCGGUCCAGAAGGCACUCCUUUCGAGGGUGGCGUGUUCGCUGCGCGACUCUCUUUCCCAAUGGAUUACCCAUUGUCUCCACCGAAGAUGCAGUUUGUCACAGAUUUGUUUCACCCUAACAAUGAGGUGAAUGCACGAAUAUGCAAGCCUUGGGCCGCGUUUGCUAAUUUGAGACACCUAUGGCGUCAGAAUGGUUUAUUCCUGAAUCUCAAUGGACCUGUGUAUCAGGCUACAGUACGGGCUGUUUUGUUGUAUGGCUGUGAGACUGGGCCUAUUCGAGCAGCAGAACUGAGACGUCUCCAGGUAUUCGACAAUCGUUGUCUCAGAACCAUAGCUCGUGUGNCGUUAGUCGGUUUUCAGUUUUUACUUCCUAAUGAAG